UUUUUUUAUAUUUCGUUGAAUUCUCUUGUUGAGAUUUGUCUUGUCUCUCUCUGUUGGUGACCUAUGAAUCUGUUGGAUAUGUAGUCGAAUUGUUUUUGCUGGUGAUUAGUUUGGUCGCAGACUGCAAUUUUUGUUCUUUGAAUUCCUCGCGCAUCAAAUUUUUUGCCUCCGGCUCGAAAAUGAUUUCCCUGGAUUUGUAGUGGGUAAAAUUUGGUGUUGUUUGAUCUCGGACGAGCAAGAUCCAUUAGGCUUCAAUUUGGAGCGAAUGGAUCCCCUUGAUUACCUGUCGGAUUGAGCUGUAUAUGGCUCUGAUUAUCGAUGUAGCUUCAAUCUGUAGCAGUAGAUAGAUAAGUCGGACUUCUUUGUUGAGUUUGUCUCGAUUUCGACGGAUCGAUCUGAUUCGAUCAGUCAAAAUGGUUCAGGUUUUCAGAUUUGGUGUAUGUUGUCGGAAUGAUUUCUCUGGUUUUUGUAUAUAGCUUUACUUCUACCAACAUGUUUCUUCUUGUUUUAAUGCUGUUUUUUGGUUCUCUGUUGGGUUGGGUCUACAUAUUGCUUGGUGCAGGGCUACUAAGACAGAGGAAAAUGGGGCUCAGCUUCACGAAGUUGUUCAGCCGGCUUUUUGCCAAAAAAGAAAUGCGGAUUCUGAUGGUAGGUCUUGAUGCUGCCGGUAAAACCACAAUCCUAUACAAGCUGAAGCUCGGUGAGAUCGUCACCACCAUCCCGACCAUUGGGUUCAAUGUGGAGACUGUAGAGUACAAGAACAUCAGUUUCACUGUUUGGGAUGUCGGUGGUCAGGACAAGAUCCGCCCGUUGUGGAGGCACUAUUUCCAGAACACACAAGGACUGAUAUUUGUGGUUGACAGCAACGACAGGGACCGAGUUGGGGAAGCAAGGGAUGAGCUGCAUCGUAUGCUGAAUGAGGAUGAACUGAGGGAUGCUGUCCUUCUUGUGUUUGCAAACAAACAAGAUCUUCCAAAUGCGAUGAAUGCUGCAGAAAUAACAGACAAGCUGGGCCUUCACUCUCUCCGCCAACGCCACUGGUACAUCCAGAGUACGUGUGCAACAUCUGGGGAAGGUCUUUAUGAAGGCCUUGAUUGGCUCUCCAACAACAUUUCUAGCAAGGCAUGAAGCUGCUGAGAUUGAAAGAAACCAUAGCAGUGGUGGCGAAGCAGAUAGGAUAUAUGCUGCCCUUUGAAGGUUCAUUAUGUUAAAAUAUAGCCAUAUAUAUCGGCUGUUUGUAGAUGUCUAAGUUUCGAGUUUUGCCUGGUUUUAGUGGCCGAGUCGCCACUCUGUGUGGUUGCUUGCUUGCUCCCCCUUCCCUGUUACAUUGUUAAGUCGCUUUGAGAUCAUUUUACCGCUUCUGUCAGUUAUGUUCUGUUCCUUGUCGGUCAGAUUGUUAAUCUCUAUGAGAUAAACAAUAAGAAAACACCCAUUUCACGCUGCUCCUA